GCUUCAUCUUCACAUCAACAAUAAUCGCCACCCGAAUUUCGUCAAGAUGGAGCAGGAGAUUCCUGUAGCAAUAACGCUGGACAACAGCGAAGUGUCUACUCCUACGACACUAUGCUACGAGUGCGGUGCGCCCUUAACAGGCACGACACUCUGCACUGACUGCAUCAAAACCUCGGUCGACAUCUCUGCGGGCAUCCAACGCGACGCAGUGAUACACUACUGUCGGGACUGCGAGCGAUGGCUCUCACCCCCGGCUACCUGGACGGUCGCCGCCCCCGAGUCGCGCGAGCUACUGGCUCUGUGUCUGCGCAAACUGAAACGCCUCAACAAAGUGCGGGUGAUGGACGCCUCGUUCAUCUGGACGGAGCCGCACUCGCGGCGCAUCAAGCUCAAACUCACCGUCCAGGACUCCCUGGACAACGACGCCCUCGUCCAGCAGAGCUUCGAGGUCACGUACUCCGUGCUGUACCUGCAGUGCCCGGACUGCAAGAAGUCGUACACGCACAACCACUGGCGGGCCAGCGUGCAGGUGCGCCAGGCGGUCAUGCACAAGCGGACCUUCCUCUACCUGGAGCAGCUGAUCCUCAAGCACAAAGCGCACAACGACACGAUCAACAUCAAGGAGGCGCGCAACGGGGUCGACUUCUUCUUCGCGCAGCGGAACCAUGCGGAGGCGUUCGUCGACUUCCUGCAUUCCGUCGUACCCAUCGAGGUCACCAAGUCCCAGACACUGAUCUCGGAGAACAUCCACACGUCCAAAAAAUCAUACAAGUUCAGCUACUCGGUCAAGCUCGUGCCAGUAUGCAAGGAUGACCUCGUCGCAUUACCGAUCAAGCUCGCGCGGCAGAUUGGCAACAUCGCCCCCUUGGUGCUGUGCCAGCGCGUCGGCACGUCCAUCACCUUCCUCGACCCCAACACCCUCCAGACCGCCGACUUGCAGCCCAAGAUCUACUGGCGGGCGCCGUUCACGCCGCUCGCGGAGGCGCCCAACCUCGUCGAGUUCAUUGUCCUCGACAUCGAUCUCACCGGCCAAGGGGAGGGCAAGUGGCAGCUCGCCGAGGUGACGGUCGCGCGCGCCUCGGACUUCGGCGGGGACCGGCAGUACUUCACGCGAUCGCACCUUGGGAGCAUCCUGCACCCCGGCGACUCGGUGUUGGGCUACAUGAUCACCGGGGCCAACUUCAACAGCCCCGAGUUCGAGGCCCUCGAGGAGUCGAAGACCUACGCUUCCCGGAUCCCCGACGUGGUGUUGGUGAAGAAGCACUACCCGCGGCAGCACAAGAAGAACAAACGCAAUUGGAAGCUGAAGCGGAUGGCGGUCGGGGAGAGUGAGCUGCUGCCCACCGACCACGAGCAAAGCCGCGUGGAGAAUGAUCUUGAGAUGUUCCUGCGGGAUGUGGAGGAGGAUGAGGAGUUGCGGGCGACUCUCGCGCUGUACAGGAACAAGCCCAAGGACGACGAGGCCAGCGUGGCGGGGACCGAGUGGACUGAUAGUGAGGUGCCAAAAAUCAACAUGGAGGAGCUGUUGGAUGAUAUGGAUGCGUUGGAGAUUCAUGAGGCUUAG